AUAAAAUUGCGGACUCGUCAUCUUCCGUCUGGAGGAAGGCUCACAACAAACCGGUUGUUGUCUGUCACUGAAUAGAUCUUACUUGAAUAUAAACACUACAUGGUGGAAGGAGCUGGAUCAGAACCAUGGCUCAGAAGAUAAACGAGGCUCAUGAACACAUCGCUAAAGCGGAAAAAUAUUUAAAGACCAGUUUUAUGAAGUGGAAGCCGGAUUAUGACAGCGCUGCGUCAGAGUAUGGCAAAGCAGCUGUCGCUUUCAAAAAUGCCAAACAGCUUGAAGAAGCAAAAGAUGCUUAUUUACAAGAGGCAGAAGCUCACACCAACAACAGAACGCUUUUCCAUGCUGCAAAGGCCCUGGAGCAGGCAGGGAUGAUGCUGAAGGACAUGCAGAGGCUGCCUGAGGCAAUUCAGUACAUAGAGAAAGCCAGUAUGAUGUACAUGGAGAACGGUACACCAGACACUGCUGCCAUGGCUCUCGACAGAGCUGGGAAGUUGAUAGAACCGGUGGAUUUAGCCAAAGCUGUGGAUCUCUAUCAGAAAGCUGCAUCAGUGUAUGAGAAUGAGGAACGUCUGCGGCAGGCUGUGGAGCUGCUCGGCAAAGCGUCUCGGCUCCUUGUCAGACAAAAGAAAUUUGACGAAGCAGCAUUGUCAAUUCAAAAGGAGAAGAACAUGUACAGAGACAUAGAAAAUUACCCGACGUGUUUUAAGAAAACCAUCGCACAAGCGCUGGUUCACCUCCACAGAGGAGAUUACGUCGCGGCCGAUAAGUGUGUGAGGGAAAGCUACAGUAUCCCAGGAUUCAGUGGGAGUGAAGACUGUGUUGCGUUGGAGCAGCUGUUACAGGGAUACGAUCAGCAGGAUGAAGAGCAGGUGGCCCGCGUCUGCAACUCGCCACUGUUCAAAUACAUGGACAAUGACUACGCUAAGCUGGCUAUCACACUCCAUGUGCCUGGAGGAGGGAAGAAGAAGAAGACUGCUGCUGUUGCUGUUGCUCCUGGAGACGAAGGCGUGAACAGUGGAGGUGAUAAUCCUGAGGAAGAGGAGGACGAGUAUGCAGGAGGACUCUGUUAGUUAGUUGUGCAUAACCUUGGUGAUCCCAGUGUCCAUUUUCAGCCACAGGGAGAGAUUUUCCAGGACUGUACAUCCUACUGUUGGGGGGAAAAAAAAAAAGUUUGUGUGUUCUAUGUAUAGCUUUAAUGCUUGAUCAGGAAUUGGUGACUCGAGUCACAGCCAGAAGGAGUUCUAAGACAAAGGAAAAUCCACCCUGAUGUUAAUUUUUUAUAAUUAGCAUGCUAUCUUCAGUCUCCUCCCCCACCCUGUGCUAGAGACAUCACUGUCUGACAUCAGUGUGACAGACAACCACCAACUUCUCACAACAGUCGUGAGAUACAUCACCGGUAUUUCAGUCUAAAUGUAUUUAAUGCGUUUCAGUGUGGAGUUUUCCUUUAAUCCCCAGUUUGUAUUACUGUUGUAGGAAAUGUGAGUUCACACAUUGCUGAAAAAUCAAUUCCUGAUUGAAGCAUUAAGGCUCAGCUUUUGUCAUGGGAAGCAGGUUGUAGCUGAACAUUUCAAGAGCAGCAUUCCGCUCGGGGUGCAGUUUCUGUUACUGCACCACGUCUUUCUCUGAGCUGCUGGAGGACACACUCUCCAUAACCUUAGCAUGGUUCAAUCUGCCUUAUCAAAUGGAUAUACAGUACGUUCAUAUCACCUGCAGCCUGAGUACUGAGGCAGAAGCAUGAUCGUUACAUUCAGUCAACAUCACCAUGAUUCGCAGAACGUUUUGGCUUUUGCAAUUCUUAACACACACGAGUAAUCAAAACGUGUUUAUGAAGCUAUAUAUAAAAUAAUUCGAAUUCCGCGACGAAGACGCAUGUAAAUCCAAAAUAGUAUAAUUUAUGAAAUCAAAAGCUUAUUUAAUAUAACCUGUAUUUUUGUUGUCGUCACGGUAACGUGCUGUAUGAGGGUUAAGUUAUACAAAAUGACUAAGUAUUACCAUGACGACAAUCAUUAGACCUUUUUUAUUAUUAUCGUAUAAAUUUCAGCUCUCGAUACCAGGUUUACCCUACAUGCUGCAGCGUUGAAAACAAUUGUGCCUGGAAAUUUGGUUCGUCAAAGGAAAACAUCAUGGAUAGAGUUUUAAUAAUUAAUCAAUCACUUUGUUUCGAUAUCACUCUACAGCCACGUUUCUCCGUCUAUUUACCCAUUCAAAUCCAGGCUAUAUUCAGAAGGUAUGCCUAAUAAUAAACUAUAUGAUAAAAUGCAUGAAAUGCCUUAAUAUUACUUUCUGGAUCUGAAUAUAAUGCAUUUUCUUGUAUAUUGUGUAUGAGGGGGAAAAAAUGUACUGAACUGAAACUUCAGGGAACAAUUUCUCUUUGAAGUAGUUUACCAAGAAAUUACUGCUCGGUAUUGGAAGAAAAUGAUGUAUGGUGUAACAGAUUUUGUAAGAAGUUAUCUUGUGCAACUUUGUCCUUAUACUUCCAGUUUGUGCUUUGAGAUGUGUGCAUGUACAGUGAUGAAUUAUCUAUAAACUCUAACUCGAAAAUGUUUGAAUUGCAUGUAAACAUACCGUGUAAAUCGAUAGAAUCAACGUUUUGAUGAAAAAAGUGCAACGUUUUCCUGAACCCAACAAAACUCCGAUAUAAAACAGAAAUCUUA